AUGGAGGUAGACGCAGGAGCCAAUGCAGGAGAUGGUUGCCUUCGAGAUUUAGGCGAACAAGAUCAAGGAGAAAUAUUACCAACUUGUCAAGAGGACCAGACUGUGAAAGACGGUAACAGCAUUGAACAGCACCCACCAUUCAUUUUGAGUAUUGGCCAACCGGAGUUCCUCACUCCGGAUCAGUUCGACUUUCGGGAACGUGCUGAGGCCACCCAUGUUGAUAUUGACGUUGGAUCUCCUAAUGUUCAAAACCCUGAUGCAUCAGGAAGCCGUGAGCACUACCAGCAGAAUGAAGCCUACCCUAGCAAGAGCUCAUCAGAUUUCAACCCUGCAACUGGCCAGCAUGCACACCUGAUAGACAAACUUACCGCAUCCCCGAGCUUCGGAGAAGUUCAUGAUAACCUUGCGGAUCUCAGCAAUGUUGAUCUUGAGGUCUUGAACUAUCUCGCUUCUAAUCCCUCAAACUUAGAUUUGCUGGCUUCUAGUCCUUGGGCUUACAACCAAACCGGCAUAACAAGUCAAGCGUUCUCACCGGGAAUACCGGGAUCUGUCGUUGCGAGCUCGCCUGACAUGUACUCUACAUAUUAUCCCGAUCACACUUAUAAAGAGUUACAUUCACAGCUACACAACCAUAUGGUAAAAACUGCGAGGAACAAAGCUCUGACCCGAAGGGGUAGUAUAGAAUCUGUUCAGCAUAGGGAUACCCCGGGUUCACCUCCUUUGUUUCUUGGCCAUGCGAGCACACAAGGUGCGACAUCCAAUUCUUCAGCAGCUCGGCACGCCUGGCAGACCCUCCCCAUAAAACAGAAGCGGUAUGUUGAGCUUUGGCAGAACUACCUUGAUGAAAUUGCCCCGUGGCUCGAUAUGUUUGAUAGCGAAAAGAACUUUCAAACAACGGUGGCCAUCAUGGCGAAGGAUGUGGAUUAUCUUCAAUUUUCGAUCCUAGCUCUUUCUGCCCGUCAGCUCGAACGGAAAAAUCCUAGCAAGACGCACACAGAAAGUCUACAUUUAUAUCAAGAGGCCAUCAAACUCAUUGCUGUCCAGCUACCAAGUUUGAACACUGAGAUCAUAGCCGCAUGCGUAUUGUUGUGUGUAUUGGAGAUGAUGAGUUCAUCGCCGCGCGCAUGGGCGAAGCAUUUGGAUGGAUGCGCCAUGCUCUUGGAAGCUGCCGACGUGAACGGCGUUGUCGGAGGAGUAAGACAGGCUAUAUUUUGGUGUUUUGCUCGAAUGGACGUGUGGGGAGGCUUCCUCGGCGACACUAUCACUAAAAUUCCGACGAAUCGUUGGUUCAUCUCCACCGACUCAAUGUCAUCAGCAAUUAGUCAAUUCAAAGGUAAAUCAGGAAGUGACAACUACGCCAACUACGCGGUGUUUCUUUGCGCCAGCGUGGUGAAUGUGGUUUCCAACGAAGCUUCCCCCUGGCCCCGAACUGCUGAGAGUGACUACAGCACUUUUGUGUCUCGCUGGAAAGCACUUUACGAAGUCCUUGAAGGAUGGUACGACGACCGACCUGAGGAUAUGAGACCCCUGAUAAAUUUAGCCCCACCACAAGAGGAAAUGGACUCCCCGUUCAACGCGAUUCUAUUCAGUACGCCAGCUGGUGUGAACGGCAACCAGCUUUACCAUGCUUCGAUGCUGUUGCUGCUCCAAGACAAGCCAAAGGAGAUUCGGAUGCCAAAAUCACACAAAUCCACGAUAUGGCAUGCCCGACAGCUGUGUGGAAUUGCAUUGUCGAAUGAUAAUCACGGUGCAUCGAUCAAUGCACUUCAACCUCUCUGGAUAGCUGGCAAAUUCAUGUCUCACCGUUCAGAGCACGUGGCAAUCUUGGCUGCCUUGGAGCGCCUCGAAAAACAAACUGGUUGGGCAACGGCGUGGCGCGCACAAGACCUGAAAGAAUUCUGGGGUGUUGGUGAAAGUCAAAUCUGA